CGGGGCUCGGGACCCGGAAGCAGAAGCGGGGCCGGGAGGCGGCUGGAUGGGAAGGAGCGGCGGUGGGCGGCGAUGGGGGAGCAGCAGAGCUCGCUGAGCACCCCGCGGGCGGACGCCGCGCCGCCGAGCCCGGUCGGGGACCCGCGGGAGCCCGGCCCGGACGAGCCGCCUUCGCCGCGAGAGGCGGUCCCGGGCGCCGCCGGCCCGGAGCGGCGAGGAGCCGAAGAGGAGGCGGAGGCGGCGGCCGGGCCGGAGCAGCCGCCGGGCUCCGGGGAGCCGGCAGCCCCGGCGGAGGAGGGGCCGGAGGGAGGCAGCGGCCGCCGCCGCCCCCCCCGGCGGCACGUGUACUGCACCGUCUACUGCGUGGAGAAUGACCGGCCGGUGGCGGCCCCCGGCUCCCCCCGCGGCGGCCCGGGCGUGGGGCAGCCCCCCGCGCGGCGCGGGGUGGUGUCGGGCGACGACCCGCUGUCGUCGGGCGGCAGCAUCGAGGUGGUGGACUUGUACCUGCUGCCCGAGCCCUUCUCCGGGCUGAUCGCGGGCGAGUUCGGGCCGCUGCUGGUGCUGAGCUGCCGCGUGUGCCUGGAGGAGAAGCCCAUCAAGCCCCUGUCCUGCUGCAAGAAGGCGGUGUGCGAGGAGUGCCUCCGGCGGUACCUCAGCUCCCAGGUGCAGCUGGGCCAAGCGGAUAUAAAAUGCCCCAUCACGGAGUGCAGCGAACACCUGGAUGAAACAACUGUCCUCUAUAACCUGCCCCAUGAUGACAUCAUCAAGUAUAAAUACUUCCUGGAACUCAGCCGCAUUGACUCCAGCACCAAGCCAUGCCCUCAGUGCAAGCACUUUACAACCUUCCGGAGGAGAGGCCACAUUCCUACCCCUGCCAAAUUGGAGAACAAAUACAAAAUCCAGUGUCCAUCUUGCCAAUUUGUCUGGUGUUUCAAGUGCCACUCUCCCUGGCAUGAAGGCGUUAACUGCAAAGAAUACAAGAAGGGAGACAAGCUGUUACGUCACUGGGCCAACGAAAUCGAACACGGGCAGAGGAAUGCCCAGAAGUGUCCAAAAUGCAAGAUCCACAUCCAGAGAACCGAAGGGUGUGACCACAUGACCUGUUCACAGUGUAACACUAAUUUCUGUUACCGUUGUGGGGAGAGAUACCGCCAGCUCCGCUUCUUUGGAGACCACACGUCAAACCUCAGUAUCUUUGGAUGCAAAUACCGCUACCUCCCCGAAAGACCACAUUUAAGGAGAUUAGUGCGAGGCUCUGUCUGUGCUGGAAAACUACUCAUUACACCCCUAAUAUUGGUUCUGGGACUGGCACUGGGAGCCGUAGCUGUUGUAAUAGGUUUAUUUGUGUUUCCUAUCUAUUGCCUUUGUAAAAAGCAGAGGAAAAGGUCACGGACAGGUAUGCCCUGGUGAGGACGGACAUUACUCGCCUGAACUGAGCUGGUCCUGCAAGGGCUAUCCGUGUUUUGUGCAACAGAGCAAUACAGUGCUGGUUACAGCAUCAAAGCCACCGCCCCGGAAGAAGGAUGGGGGCUCUCCUGCCAUCUUCCCUCAGCUGAAAACACUACUGCAGACCAGAAAGCCUCUUUGCUCUGGUGCACUCUCAACAAGAUGGGCCCCCUGACUGCUGCUUUUUAAAUGUUUUUGGUUUUGUUUUGUUUGUUUUUUUUUUUUUUAGUUAUUACUUUGGAGGGGUUUUUUUGAGUCUAAGUUUCUGAACCAGACAAUCCAAGUCUGUAUUGUAGCCACAACUCUACUACCGAUUUGGCCUGUGAAGAAAGCAUUUAACUGCUAACAUGUGCUCGUUUAACUUCAGUGUCGGCCUUUAAGGUGGAAAUGCUUAGAAGUGUUUGGACUCUUACUGUAUACUGAGCAUACUACUUUUGGUAUUAAAAACUACUUCUGUAAAUAACUUCCAUCACACAGCAUUCUGUUCAGCAUACCAAAACCCCAUCACAUGCCAGAGCACGACAGCUGGUUAUCUUCUGAGUCGUCCUGCUAGUGGAGUGCACAUUGCCACCGCCAAACUGCAGUGCCUCAGAGGGAAAUACCCUUAGUAUUGAAGCGCCGUGAUAGUUAAGAAUAUGGUGAUUGGUUUCACUUCAGUAAUUUAUUUAUGACAGUCUAUUAAUAUUAAUGGCAGAGGGUAUGACAAGAUUUCUUACAACAGGACUUAAUUUUUAAAUUCUCACAGUGCAGAAAAAAAAUCUGAAGGGUUUAGAUAACAAUAUAUGUUAGUGGCCUAAUCUGUCCCAAGAUAUCCCUGAAAUGUGUCUUCAGGGAAGCUGGAAACCUGCUCUUUUUAUUCUGACCUGAAAUAUGAUAUACAUGCUACACACUACCUGUGUGAGGAUUGACUUGAUGAAAUUUUAUAGCCUAAAUAGCACAUUUUGUUUGUUUGUUCCCUUGAGUAGGCUACUACUACAUGAGUCUUGGAGUUUCCACUGAUGUCUUACAAGGAAAAUCUGUGAAUCCAGGGUAAGGGAAGUGAUCAUAAAUUCUUAGGAGACCACUUCAUUCUUAUUUUCUGCUUCCAGUGUUUCUCUUCCUGGCGCAUGACAGUUCUGAAGAGAAUAGCUAUCUUUGCUCUUUUUUCCUUAAGUUCAACUGUUUGUUACCAAACCUCUUUCUCAGUGCAUCACAACAAAAGCAAUGUAAUUCAGCAUAAGGAGUCAAUUACUGAGAAUUUUUACACUUUUAAUUUUAAUCCAAAUCUAUCAUACAAAUAUAACUUAAAGUAGAAUAAAUUUGUUUAGACAGAACACUGAAACAAUAAAGAAAGGAACUGAACAAAAAAAAAUAUCUACUUCAUACUGUAAAAAUACAAGCUAAUCAUAAAGAAAAGAAAAUUAGAUUUGUACUGUGAAGGUACUUUUUAGUUUGUGUGUUUGAAGAUACACAUAUAUUUAUAUAUAUAUGUUUGUGUAUAUAUGGGGAAAGGGGAAGCAGGAAGAGGGGAAAUGUCCUUAAGAGUCUACUGACUUCAAAAUUUAGGCUUGCAAAAAACGUAUCAUUUAAGAGGAUGUACUUUGUACCACUUUCUUUGAAAAUUUUUGUUAAAUCUGAAUCCAGUUGUAAUUUUUAAGUAAAUAGUGUUCUGCCCCACCAACAUAAUAAUGUUACCAGAUACUUUGACUUCGAAGCCUCAGUGGAAGAAGCUGAUAACUUUUGUUUACCUGGAAACACAAAUAUCAGUUUACCAUAGUUGAAUAGUAUGCUUGUUUUCUAUCAGCUUCUGUUUUUGUUUUCUUGCAUUUUUUUUUCUUCAAGCACACCAUAGUUUGCCCUAUUAUCCUAACAGUAGAAGUAGUAUCUUUCAAAGAUUUCCAAAUUAAGGAGGGAGGCAGUGGUAUUUAUAAAUAAAAUUCAAUGCCUAUAGUCAAUGCAAAUUCACCUGUUAUUUAGACUUACUUUCUUCUGAGACACAUCAGUUUUCUGUUUGUGUUCUUUCUGAAGUUGGAAGCUGCCUUAAAAUUGGUCUUGGUUUUGAGUGUGUUUUCUGAGGCUAUACAUAUCAGUUGUCUUUGGCUUACUCAGGGAUUUUUAUUCCUCUCUUUAAAUGUCAAAUAAUGAAGAUAUUUUUGUAUUAUUUAGAAAAACCUUCAGACCUCAGAGAGCAAGAUAUAUAUAGAUAGAUUUGGGUUUGCAAUGCAGUCUAUAACUUGGUGUCAAACUAUUCCACUUGAGAUUAUUUUAGUACUUGAGAUUAUCUGUACUUAACUACGCAGUGGAUUAAUUUCCUUUCUUUUCCUGGUUCUGUAUAAAUGUGAGAGAUAUUCUUAUAGUCUUUGUAGCUGUUUUCACUCUGCCAUGUUUGCCUUUUUCAGUUUUUAACUAGAGUUCAGUAAGAUCUGAAACUAAGAUACUAGAAAAAAGAACAUAAAAGGGAAGAUAAUAGAUCUGCACUUACUUCUAUUCAGAAAGUAUGUCCUUGUGGAUGGAGAAAAGGAACAUACAACUCAGCUCUUACAUUAUCAUUUCAUCUACGCAGAUUAGGACAGAUUAAAUCAAAGGGAAAUGGUUCUUCAUUUUCUAUACAGAGCAGAAAGAGACAUCUUUGACCUUUUAAAGAUGAGUGAGUCUGAUUGUGCUUUUUCUGCAGAGAGAAAAAAGGAAUUACAAUAAUUUUUCCAAUUAAUAAUUUUGCAAUUGCAAGGAAUUACAAUAAUUUGUUCUGUAGAACAGGAUAAAUGUUCAAGAACCAGGCAGAAUAAGGAUAUGGAGAUGUUUUUCCAUCUGUAUUAAAAUACUCCCACCUGAAAAGUACUUAAAUACAAUUUUUAUCAAUAUUAUAUAAUAUAACCUACUAAAGCUUGAGAAGUAGCUCAGUACAAAGCUUCAUUUGGUUAAACAUUAGCUUUUAAGCAACUCAUCACAGCAAACCUUACAUGCAUCAAAGCCAUGUCAUUUGUUUUAAAAACAUUAAUUUAUUCUUUUGAAAGAAACUGAAUGAACUUUAUAAGGAAAUUAUGUAAAUGUAUUGUGUUUUUUGUAGCUAAAGGAACCAUUGGGCUGUUCUACUCCAUGUUUAUUAGCAGAAAACUUCAUCAGGCAGCUAAAUUAACCUGCUAAGGCAGAUUCCACACUACUGUAUGCUAAUCAUCAUGGUCAUUGUGUUUGCUUUCACGACAGUUGAUAUUUAAGAUUAUUUAGCUUUGUGCAAGGAUGUUGCUCAUCAGUGCCUGUGUUCAGACUAGGAAAUGCUUAAAUCUGUUCUACACUAGCCUUCUGUUCCAAGCUUGCUGGGGCUGGAUUUGCCUGUGUGCUCAGUCCUGCGUGCAGGCGCGCAGUCAGAGCUGGGGCUCUCCCCAUCCUGUGCCGUGGCUGUGUGUUCCCCAUCCUGUGCCGUGGCUGUGUGUUCCCCAUCCUGUGCCGUGGCUGUGUGUUCCCCACCCUGCUCUUGCUGGGAGGGCUGGCUGGACACACUACCCCCCAGGAGCUGCUCUCUCUUUCUCCACUAUGUGAAUUUAGUUGUAUUUCAGUAGUGGGGUCAAGUCCCAGGGCUACUCAGCCAUAUCAGCAGCAGGAUCAUUUUCUGUCCUGUGGCAUCUAAAAGCACAAUUUAGGCAUAUGUACAGUUUAUCCAGGAGCUUGUGACUAGAAAGUAAUUGUGCUUUUCCUUAUGUAAGUCUAUUAGCCAGUGAGAGUAAUAAGCUUGAGUGGGAAUACAAGCAAGAAGCAGAAAAACAAUUCCAAGUAGCUUUGUGCUGAGCUGACCCAUCAGGCUUAGUUCUGUACAAAAAAGUCAGUGAGUCUUUAGUUUUCACUAGCUUUAUAAUAAACAGCAUAUUCCUACCUGUUCAGUGUCAUUAAAGUACAGUGCACUUCAAGUGAUCUAUUAUCUUCCUUUGAGGCAGCGCAAAUGUGUAAGGGAAGAUUUUGUGUUUGGUUUUGAUGCUCCUAAUGCUGACUUAGUAACUCUUCCUGGUGUGUUAAGAGUUUUUGUAAUUUACACCUAUUUAUUCAGUAUAAAAGUUUUACUUUAUUAAAAAUAUUAAUUUGCAGGCACUACUGCCAAUUUUAACUAGAAAGUAUUUUGGAUCACCGUCAGGUAUUCAUUUUAGCCAAGAGGCUUUUUGCUCUUCCAAAGACUGUCAUAGUUUGUGUGAUGUUAAAUGCUGUGUGGGUGGGGCAGUGAUUCUCCCAGAGGAUACAAAUUUACCAGUGAUGGAAUGGUUUCUUAGGCCAGUUAGAAUUGAGAAACUGUUUAAUAUUCAGUGGCCAAAUAGUUUGCCAUGCGAAUUCUUCGUUGGUUUGUUAGUUGUUUGUUUUUUUUUUUAAUUCAGUUGUGUUAUUUUGUUUCUUGAGCAAACCUAAAGUCAUAAUUUUUGGUAUGCUAAUUGUGCAGGUUCAAGUUGUGGAUAAGAACCACAGAUUGCUGUUACUGUUAUAAUCUAUAUUAGAUCUCUGCUGAUGGAAAGAAUCCUACAUGAGGAAACUGUUAGGUAAUUUCUUACUUUCUUUUAAGCCUUAUAGUUGCAGCGAGUUAGCUUCAUUCCUGACAUCAGUCACAGCCCCAUUAAACCAGAGAAAACUAUUUUUAUGCCAGUGUGGAAUUUGGUCACAAAUACUUUUAUAAAAACAUCUGAAAGCAUAUUGAUAGCCAUGGAAAACGUGAUUCACUUCUUAAGAAGCGCAAACUACUGUGGAGGCACUCCUGUCAUUGCAGAAUGAUGCCAAUGUGUUUAGUAAGCACAGGAAAGGGAAGGAGUUGGGAAGAAUUUCCCAACAACAUUCUCAUUAGAGCAGAUUGUCAAGAGAGGGUUCACUAGUUUUUAAUAUGAUAAAGAAAACUUAAUGCUUUGAGUCACUAAUAAAAUUAGAAACAACACCCAAAGACAACGUUAAAUAAAUUUCUUCAAAUUCUCUUUCUUCAAUGUAACAAAUAGUAGCACACUAAGAAAUGGAAUUGCAGCUGUUCAGUAUUUUUAGGACUUAACACACAAACUUGAGGGUGCGCAACAUCUAAAAAGUUAUGUUGCUGAUCUAUUUGGUAGUUUAUCUUGCUACUGUUACAUGAAAAACCAGCUGAGCCUUGAUUCAAUUAAAAGACAGUUUUGUCACUGUUGUUACAGCUUGAGCACUUAACACUCCAAAACAUUUUUGUAAUAAAACUAAUAAAUGCAGUUGCUUGCAGACUGAAGCUUCCUCGCUGAUUCUUCCUUACCUUCCUGUGCAUAAGAGUUCAGGAACCAUAUGUUCUCUCUGCAGUAAGGAACAGACUGCACAUAUUAGGCAAUUAAUUACUGAUGCUUCUCUUCUCUUGGCCUAAUAGUGAAAUGCCAUAAGGUAGGGAAAUGAAAACUGAUCUUAGAGUGCAUGCUCUGGUUUCAAAGUUAAAAAUGUGUAAUAAGUUUUAAUGACUCCAUAGCAAAAAAUACAUACAUUUUGAAACAUAAUUCCAGCUGUUAAUUUAUAAAUCUGCCUGUAUAACACAAUAGUUAUAAUAGUGAUUUAUUUAUGAAAUAUGCAUAUUGUGCAAAAUAAAACCUUUUUUGGUGCUUAUUUGGCUUAUCAAAACAUGAAAAAUUAAUCAGAAGUGUUUGGAUAGAUUAAAUUCAGAAGAGAAGCCUGUUGUGUAAAAAUAUUUGUUUAGCAUUAAUGUGAAUUUUGCACAUAUCUUAAACACAAUUGCCUGCCAACCCCAUUCAGUGUUCACCUUGUUGAAAAUUUGUCAGACUGAAAACAAUAUUUUGGAAAUUUUUAACUUAUUGUCAAAGAACAUGGUGUUACUAACACAAUGCCACAUUUACCUCAUUUUUAGAAGGAACUAUAUUUACAGAAUUCAGAGAAGCUGUUCAGGUGUUUUAAACCCAUCCUGUAAAACUAUGAUGCAGUCAGAAAACAUCUUCAUGCCUUAUGCAAGCUCUGGGUGAGCAGAUAGAUUCAGUCUUUAGUCAUGGACUAUUUUUUUGCAUAAAUAUGCACUCUUAAGAGUUUUUCAUAUCAAUUGGCAUCCUGCUGCUUUGUGUCCAGAAAUUACAAGGGAUACAUUUCACUGUUUACCGUCUAAUAAUAAAUUGUUUACCAUGUUUCCAUUCUUAUACACUUUGUUUGUAUGCGCUCCUUCUCAUUUUAAAUUUCAUCAUUUGAAACUAACUCGUGAAAAUGGCUGAUGAUCAAAUUGGACCUGUAAAAUGUGAUCUCAUAAGAAGUUGCUUCAUUAAUGCUUUGCUGAGAUAUAAGCAAAAUACUAAUUUUGUUGUAUUUACAUUACUUAAAAGCAAGAUGCUGAAAUCUGUUUUUCUUCGGGGCUUUUAAUUUUGAAUUUUUAAAAAUCUACUUAAACAGCACAGUCAUCUUUGUUACAUAACUAACCAUCUGAGUUAGAUAACAUUUUUGGUAUUUGUUAAUUCUUGUCACUAUGGUAGAGAUGAGAAUAGUGUUGAAAAAAAGAAAAAAUUAUCUCUGAGGAGUACAAGCUGAAUUUAAUUCCAUGACAGUGCAAUGAGAAGUCUUCCCUUGCCCCCAUCUCUUGUUUUGUGUAUUUUAGGGUGAAGGGUUCCCUUUAAAAUAGGCUUAAUUUGGAUGGCAAGAGGUGAGGGUUGUGAGAUAAUAGAUCACACCCUUUUUAGUGUACAGGCUUCUGGCACAACUAGAGUGCUGUCCAAACACUGUGGAUUCAUUAAGAAAGCGAUUUCUAGUUCUGCAUUUGGGCAGCAUACAAGCUAGAUGCAUCAGUGAUGGGAACUUUUUGUAGUAUAUUUAUGGGAUGACUAAGAACUUGUACAAACUGGAGGAAGGCAAUGCCCAUUAAAGCAACACUUGAAUUCCAGUAUUUAGUGUUUUGUAUAAUGAGGGAUUUAAAAUGUGUAAGUGCCUUAUUGCUUGAAACAAAUGAAAGGUGUUCAUACCCCUCAACAGAGCAGUGUGGGAAUUCCUGUUCUGUGGAUUCCUACAGUUACAUUAAGCCGAAGUAAUGAGUUUGGUUUGCUGAGAAAGUUGACAAAUGUUAUAUUAGGGAAGAAGUUAGCCUAUCAUAAAAGUAAUCUGGCAUGCUUAUUUUAAUUCUGAUCAUCUCAUUUCUGUGGCUUUUUUAACUUGCUCUUUGCCCCCAUCCCUUCCUCUGACUCCCAUCUUCCUUCAGACUUCUGCAGAAAUGCAUCUUAAGUUGUUAGAGUAAGUCUGGCUCCUCCAACAUAAGAAGCCAUGAGUUUUCCAUCACUGAAGGAAAUGCAGACUGUUGGAGAGGAGAAUUGAGCACAGCCUGUUGUGGCUGCACCUGCCAGCUCGGGGGCUCUCUGGUGCCUUGUUCACACUGAUUGUUGGAGGUGGAAGCACCAAGGAAUAUGGCAGAUGGAGGUGCAGUGCAACUAGACUGGGGCUUAAAGCAGGUUGAGGGCAUUUCAGUGUUAUCCAGCUGGAGCUAACAUAUCCUGUUAAUACAAAUUGGUAACUCCUCUGGGGUGGGUAUCUCGGUGGACGAAACCAUCAAUCAAGAUGGUGGCGCAGCUCUGGGAUCUCUGCCCAGCCCUUCACUGCAGGGUGGGAGGUGUGAUCUGGAAAAGUAUUACUCAUUUUGCCAUCUUCUGAUAGCUUCAAAAUGGGUGUUGUGGGGUUUAUUUCUUCUUACUUCGUUUUCCAGAAGACAGUGGAAUUUUACCCUUUCGAUUCUAAACUUACUAAAGGACCUGUUUGUUCUCACUAAUGUUGAUGUGACUGUUGUCCAUCUAUCAAUGAAGUCAGGAAUAAGCUACUUUUCUAAAACUACCUUGAAUUUCAUGAGCUUAUGGGAGCAGUUACCUGUCAAAAAAAAAAAAAAAAAAGAAGUAUAAAAGGUAAUUAUCAGAAGGAAAUUGAGUUAAUGGGGGGUAAGAAGAAAAAUUAUGCUUAGAAGGUCUUAUUUUUUAUAGAUUCCUGAUCACAAGAUGGUUUUAAUAUGUUCCAUUUCCUCCACUGAGAAUUUGUAAAGGAAAGCAGGAGAAAUUAAGAUUAAUAUCCCUUUGAACCUUUUAUUUUCCUGAAACUCUUGAGUUUUUCAGAACUGUAGGAGGGGCUUUUUUCCACCCUGGAGUUACUAAUUGGUAAUAUAGCUUUCAUAUACUGUGAACACCGCUGUGACUGUUUAGUCAGGAUUCAGCUUGCAUAUCUAAAGGUUUUGGUGAUAGGGAAUUUGAUUUAGAGCCAUACUGCAAUCAAUUUAUAAGUGAAUUAUUACAUAUCUUAAUGACUUCUAUUUCAGCAUUAUCUCAAAAUUUUAAAAUUUGAGCCUUCUAUAAUCCAUUAAAUAGAAUAUGCCAUGUGUCAAAAUACUCCAUCAACCUUAUGAGUUACUGUUUAUUUUUACUAGUUGUUUUCUUAAAUGAAUUUUUUUCUCUCCUAGAACCAGCAUUCACACAACCAAAAUGCUGAUAAGAUUUCCCCAUUAUCUUUGUCUUGCAUUUAGCUAAAACUAUAUUUUCUGUUGCCUAGUAUUGCAACAGUGGUCUUCAUACUGUAAUAACUUGAUAAAAUAUUCAGUAGUCUUGGGCAAUAUUUUACAAAUGAUUCAUCUUCAAGUUGGUAUUUUAAAUGUACACCAGUAAUCACUGUUGAGUGUACUACCUAUGUGGCUGCUUUAGUUCAUGUCAAUGUUUUGUAAGGAUUAUUUCUUGCUACCCUCUUCAGAGUGCCUUUUCAUUUAGGAGGUCUAGAAAGAUGGUUCAUUGAAAUCUUCUGUUGAAUCUACCAUAGUAAUGUCUGAUCUUUAAACUUGUCCUGAUGAAUGUAUAACUAAAAUCUUGUUCUUUAAAAAGCUAUAGUAGACACAGGUUGUAUAUGCACAUGUACAUGCAUGGAUACAAGGGAAGGUAUUCUGACAAUGUUUGUCCUGCUGGACAGGACCUUUCGAAAGUAAGUGAAUUUUUUAACAGUUUUAUUUUCAAAAUGUUACCUCACUAGUAUUCAGUAGUAGAUAUGUCUCUUUAUUGCUUCACUUUGCUAAAUACAAUCACUGUAGGCAGUUUAAUUUUUAAAAGACUCUGAUGAAUCUGGUGUUCAUAUGAGACUGAAUUUCGUAAGACAGAACUUACGGUACUUUGUUUCCUUUAAAGGCAUUCCUUUCACUUACACUGACAUCCCAAGCCCCUGUUAGCAGCAGACCGAAAAAGUGCUUCCCCAUGAUGAAAUGGAAGAAUGUAAAGUCGCAUUUGAAUGCACUCCACCCAUCUUAGAAUGAAUAUUUAGAAAUGGGGGCGGGGGGCAGUGGAUUUGGUUAAUUGUGGGGAGACAUACAUUGUAGAGUUCAUUCACUUGCACACAAGGGGUUUUACAAUGUCAUCUAGUAAUGUCUACCUAAUAAAGUUUUGAAAAAGAAAAA